AUGAGAAUAAAAAAGUGGGAGAGUAGUGUGGGUGAUGAAGAUAAUAAUAAAGUGAUUUUAAAAGAGUUGAAUCAAGAGUGUGAUCCUUUUUUAAAAGAUUGUAAAUUUGGUAGUAGUUGUAUAAAUUUAAAUGGAAAGAAUAGAUGCAUACUGGAGCAGAGCGAGGUGGGGGGGUAUUGUAAUGAAACUGUUAGGUGUAAAUAUAGUUUGGAAUGUAUUGAAAAUAUAUGCAAAAAUAGUCACUUUUUAUUUGUAGGCGAAAAAUGUUAUGGCGAUUAUGAAUGUAUAUCGACACUACCCACUGGAAUUAUUAAAUGUGUUGAUGGUAUUUGUAGAAAACCCAAAGGUGUUAAUAAUUGCACUUCAAAUCAAGAGUGUCCUAUUGGUACAGUUUGCCAUUAUAUAAAUGAACCUAAUGAUUAUAGUAGCAAUAGUAAUAGUAAUAGUAAUUAUAGUAAUAAAAAGUUAGUUAGUGGCUAUUGUGAAGUUGGUGGUAAAAAGGGUGAGUUAUGUCAUAAUGAAUCAUACCCGUGUAAAUCUGGUUUACUGUGUCAGAGUGGUAACGAUGAUGAUUUUGGAAUCUGUACUGAAUAUUAUAAUGGUAUCGAAGGAUCUAAUUGUAAAUAUAACUAUCAAUGCCAAUUGCAUAAUGGUCUAUAUUGUAGUAAUUUUAAAUGUAAAAAAUAUAAUAGGGUCGAUAAUAAAAAAGAAAGCUGUGGUGAAUGUAGUGAUUAUUUUGAAUGCGAAAAAAAUGGUAAUGAAUCAAACAAUAGCGACAAUAGUCCACAAUGUAGACAAUAUACAUACCUGCCUGGAUCCGAAUAUUUUAAAAAACUAUAUCAAAUACAAAAAUGCAAAUCGUUAUAUGAAAUACCCGACACAAAUGAAAUUAACUAUAGUCAAUAUUCGCCCAAAUCAUACUUUUCUAAAAAAUGUGGAAUUGAAAUAUGCUCAUCUAAUAUUGGUAUUGAUGAGUCUAGUUUAUCAUACAAAUUAAACGAUUCAAUAUAUACAACUGGUUUUAAAAUAAGACAAGAAAGGGACAAAUAUAAAUUUAAUGACUAUUGCCUACAUACCAUUGAUGAGAUAAAAAAACUAAACAACUAUUCUCCAUCCCUAAUAUUAGAUAGAAAUAAUAAUAGUGGGGUUUUUAUAAAAUUGACCAUUAUUAUUUUAUCAAUAUUAUUAUUUAUUUAA